UGCAUUCCGCCCAGCAGUGGAGGCAAGCGCAGCGGGUUGGCAGCUCUUAGCUGUGACUGCCGCUGCCCGGAGCUGUGAGGGGAGCUCGGCAGCCGCGCCAUGGUGAGCGCGAGGCCGCUGUCCUCAGACCGGGCGGGGCGUCCGGCUGAGCCGCGGGAGCCGGUGUGCUGGGUCCUCCCCGGGGCUGGGGGAGGGGUGGGACCGGCUCCAGGACAGUUCGGCUUCACGUGAAGAUUAGAGUUAAAACGGCGAAGUCGCGAACACCGGGCAGGUAACGGGAGGGCUGACGGCUAGUAAGAGGGCCGCGGGCCGGGGAACCGAGAACGCCAGGCCCCUUGAGGCGCCUCCCUGAGGACGUCUGCGGACACCUCUCCCCUUCGCCCGCGCACAUUUUUCUGAGUGCGGACUAUGACAGCUUGCAUCUAACGUACCCAACACUGCUGCGGGCUUCAGAGUGAGCCCGCGGCUGUUCCGGGAGAGGGGCCGCCCUGGACCGCCCCAGGGUUGGACAGGGAGGAGAUGCGUGGAGCAGGACUCACGGGUCUACAGAGUGGAGGAUCCCUGCGGCCGGCUGCCCCUCCGCUCUGCGCUGCGGUGCGCUGCUUCCCACUUUGGCUUUCUCACCUGCUGAAAUCAACCUUCUUUACUGCUCUGUGUGCCCUGGGGGUGUGCAGUGAGACUGGUGUGAGGUCACAGGACAACGUUAUGGAAUGAUCGCUCUCCUUCCGUGGUUCGCGGACCGACCUCAGGCCUCAGUGAGCUUUGAGGACGUGGCUGUGCACUUCACCCAGGAAGAGUGGGCUUUGCUGGAUCCUUCCCAGAAGAGUCUGUACAGAGAUGUGAUGCAGGAGACCUGCAGGAACCUCGCUGCGAUAGGACACAAAUGGGAAAAACAGAACAUUGAAGACCAUUAUAAAAGUCCUAGGAGAAAUCUAAGAAGUUACUUGUUACAGACUUGUGAGAAUGAAGGUAGUAAUCAAGACAGAGAAAACUCGACUUGGAAACCAAAUCUCAGCAUGAGCAUGAAAAGUUCCACUGGACUAACCUCAUGUGAUCACACUGUAUGGGGAAAGAUUUCCUGGUAUCACUCAUCCUCUUGUAGGCAUGCCAUAUCUCAGUAUAACCCACAUGAGCAUGAGGAAUAUGUGAACAAGCAGUGUAACCCUGAUUCUCUGAUAAGCUUCCAGAGGUACAUGAGAACUCACAUUGUGAAUGGGCCAUGUGAAUGUGAGGUAUGUUUAAAAUAUUUUGGUUUUCCAAAUCCACUGGAAAUGCAUCCAGAAACUGAUAAUGGAAAAAAUCCAUAUCAAUACAAGGAAUGUGGAAAGACCUCUGUUAAUAUUAGUUCACUAUGCACAUAUGGAGGAACUCAUGCUGAAGGAAAAUGUUAUGAAUGUAAUCAGUGUGGUAAAGCUUUGAGUUCUUACAGUUCACUUAGAAGGCAUGAAAGAAUUCAUACUGAGAAAAAACCCUAUAAAUGCAAACAAUGUGGGAAAGCCUUUAGAUACCACAGUUACCUUCACUUACAUGAAAGAAUUCAUACUGGUGAAAAACCGUAUGAAUGUAAACAAUGUGGGAAAGCGUUUAUAUUUCCUGGUGCCUUGCAGGUACAUGAAAAAAUUCAUACUGGAGAAAAACGUCAUGAAUGUAAACAAUGUGGUAAAGCCUUUAGACGUCAUAGUGAUCUUCAAGUACAUGAAAAAAUCCAUACUGGAGAAAAACCCUAUGUAUGCAAACAAUGUGGUAGAGCUUUUAGACUUAACAGUCAUCGGCAGAGACAUGAACAAACUCAUACUGAAGACAGACCCUUUAUAUGCAAACAGUGUGGCCGAUCUUUUGAAUGUUACAGUAAUCUUGAGUUACAUGAAAAAAUUCAUACUGGAGACAGACCCUUUGUAUGUACAGAAUGUGGCAAGGCUUUUGGAUGUUAUAGUAAUCUACAAUUACAUGAAAAAAUUCAUACUGGAGACAGACCCUUUGUAUGUAAAGAAUGUGGUAAAGCCUUUAUAUGUCAUGGUCAUCUUCAGAGGCAUGAAACAACCCAUACUGGAGAAAAACCCUAUGGUUGUAAACAGUGUGGUAAGGCCUUCAGUCGAAACAGUCAUCUCCAAAGACAUGAAAGAACUCACAAGCAGAUGUCUACACAUGCCCCAGAAAAUACUGAUUCCGCCAAAGUCCAGCUAGGCAAACCAACAGUUGUGUUAGGAUUACGUCUAGGAACAUGGACAACUAAUGGACAGCUGCAUCUUCAAAAUGCUACCCCAUCCUGAGUGAUGACUCACAGGAGCUACCAUUCUGGAGAUCUCUGCAAAGCUUGGCAGGCAGCUCAGCUGACCAGAAAAUCUCUUCUCUCAGCAGUUGUUUACUGCUUUUGUAACCCAGGAGAAAGCCUUGUAAAUCUUUUAAGGCUUAGUUUUCUGCAGUUAGUUGUUUACUUUCCAGCCUCCUCCUUUUUCUUUUUCUUUUUUGUUUUUCAAGACAGGGUUUCUC